AUGUCCACAGAGUUGGUAUUUGAUUAUCGACGACAACAUCCGUCAGCACCUUCUUCUACAUCAUCAUCGUCAUCAUCAUCAACAACAACAACUCAAUCAUUAUCAGUUGGCAAUAACAAUAGCAACGCAGUUACCAAUACCACUACAUCUACAGCUCUUCGUUCACUCCCACCAAGAAAUCUCCAUGCAGUGGCUACAGCACGUGUGAUUCAACAACAAGUAACGGCAGCCAAGAUUCGACCCAUCAUUCAGCUAUACCUUCAAUCCAAGGAUCCGAGCGCCAUAGGUGAAAAAACUGUGAUCAUUAUGUCCAGUAAAGUCGCACAAAAGAGCUACGGCACUGAGAAAAGGAAACAAAAAUCGAUUAUGACACCUCCCAAAGUGACCGUAUGCAUUUCCGGCGAAUCUUCUUCACAAACUGGGCAAGUUGAAUGGUAUAGUCAAAUCAAUGCCGCCGUGGUAGGACAAACUGGUUUUCCCCGCCAACAAACUCAAUCAAUGACACCAUCAUCAACAACAACCGCUGAUCUCACCAAUACCAACAAUACACGAUUUAAAAGUCAUUCAAACACGGAAAUAAAAAACAAUGGUGGCGAUUGGUAUCAUAACCCUCGAAUGGAACCUUUAGGUGGAGGUCGAUGUGUAUCCAAACAACUCUAUAUCAAUGAUGCUGAUGAAAAACGAAAACGUGUAGAAUGUUUAGUUAAACUACAAGUUCAUGGACAAUGGAUGGGGACUUUGGCUGGAAAAGGUAUCAAGGUCAUUAGCAAGCCUUCUAAAAAAAGACAAAGUAUCAAAAAUAUGGAAUUAUGCAUUCAUCAUGGAUCUGUUGUCUCUCUUUUUAAUCGCAUUCGAUCCCAGACUGUUUCAACUAAAUACCUUGGUGUAUCCAACGGAAAUGAUUCUCCAUUCGCCUAUCCUGGUCAAUCUCCUACCGAACAAUCGAAAAGUAAUGAUGGAACAUGUUUUGUAGCACGAACAGCCUCUUGGGAUCCAUUUGUUAUAUGGUUAGUCGAUACCUCUCGCCCUCCUGAACAACAAAAAUUCCGUGAUGAGAACACUGUGCCUAAUCAACCUGAAGAUUAUAUUGGUCAUCGUGCAUUCAAACCAAGUGUGAAUUAUCCUCCUCCUCCUGCUAUCGCUCUUCGAAAUACAACGCAACAACCAUUAGCUAUUCAUUAUAAUCAACAUAUUGUUUUACAAUGUUUGACUACAGGUUUAGUCAGUCCUGUCAUGAUUAUUCGAAAAGUGGACAAAGCUUCAACAGUAGUUGGUGGUGCUCGUUGCUUGGAUGAACCUCUUCUUGCCAAUGGUGGUGAAUAUGGUGAUGAAAUGCUUGGUGAUCCCGUCUCUCAGUUACACAAGAUUGCCCUUCAAAUUGUUCACGAUCCGUCUCAGACUUCAAAUCAGCAACGUAUGUUACCACGAUAUACUUCCCCUGUGACUUAUCUGGCUUGUCUGAAUGAUAUGGUUGGGAUGCACAGAUCAUCGGAACAGCGUCAACCUAUUCUCAAGAAUCCUCCUCCACCUCCACCUCAUCAACCUGCUUCAUUUGCUCAAGAAGAAAUCAUCGAAGAAGGGGGCCGUGUCGUACGAAAACGAAAAGUAUCUACAUUUGUCAAUCAACCUCAUCCACCAUCACCAACUGCCAGCGAUAACAACAGUAUGCAAAAUGGUAACUGGGUGAAUCAUCGUGCACGAUCAGUCUCGAUUCCUGAAAAUCAUCAUCGUCGAGUAUCAACAUCAUCGGCUGCCUCAUCAUCAUCAACUUCAUGGAUCAAUGGACCAUUGGGUGGUGCUUAUUGGUAUGAGGAUGUAUCUGAUGCAGCAGUGUGGACUUUGGUAGGAACAGAUAUUGCAAGCUAUACAUUUUUGCCUCCUACUUCAUCUAUGCCGUCAGACAACAACACCUCUCUUGUAUUUCCUCAUCUAUCUCAUUAUUCCGUCAUGCAAGAUGAUGUUCUUCAAUUACAUGGUGACAAUCUGGCUCGAGAUUUGCAAGUUUGGUUAGGGGAUAUCAAGGCACCACAUGUGGAAUACAAAAGUCGCGAACUCGUCAUUUGUCGUUUACCUUCUCGACAGGAACUCAUGGAUUGUACAUUUGUGGAAUCAUACCAAGCACCGAUCUCAUCCACAUCACCCACCAUCUCAUCAAACAAUCUUGUCAAUGCAGCACGUAUCAAGACUCACUACCAAUUGCCGUUAUUGCUGGUCAAGGCGGCUGAUGGCAUUAUACACAAAACCAAUAUCUUUUAUCAAUUCUGA